GUGGCAAUAACGUGUCAGCAAAUAACAAAAGCCCUGUCCCGAAACGCCACGAAUGUUUCUCUUGGUACAGGUGGCACAACUCAGAUGCCCCUCUCAUCUAUUUAAUCGAAAACGAUUACGUUGUUGGAACAAGUGAGAGGUUUUGAUAGUGAAGACGAGAAGACGGUGGAAAAACAGAAACAUGCAGUCCAUAAAGGAAAGAGCAGCCAACAUAGCGGCCUCUGCCAAAGUUGGCUUGGAAAAGACCAAGGCAACAGUGGAGGAGAAGGUGGAGAAAUUGACAGCCCAUGACCCAGUGCAAAAAGAAAUGGCGACUCAAAAGAAAGAGGAGAGGAUCCACCAGGCAGAACUUGACAAACAAGAGGCGCGUCUGCACAAUGCGGUGGCGAAGCAAGCCGGUAGAGAGGACGGCUAUACGGCAACAGGCACCCAUACUUACACAGCUACCGGGACUCACGUAUUCGACGACUGGGAUCGUGGACAGCCCACUGGGGCCCGCCAAAUGUCAGCUUUUCCUGGACAUGGCACUGGGCAGCCCACUGUGCAGGUGGAUGUCGGUAGGGCAGAGGCCCAUCCUAUUGGGAUCAAGACUGGUGCGGGUGGGUCCAAGACCCAUAAUACCCGAGUGGAGGGGGAUCCCCAUGGGUACGGGACUGGGGGGACUCACAGUUGAAAUGGGCAUUUUCUUGUUUUCUUUGAAAAAAUAAAGCAUUAGGUUUUGUUUGCCAUUCAGUUAUAGGGCCCUUUGUGUGGGUAUGUUUGGAACUUGUUCUUUGUAGGAAUGAAAUGAUUUGACUUUUAGCUGUUCCAAAUAAAAAUGCGAUUGAUUUAUGUG